CCCCAACACUGCCAUAGCAGCUCCAACUUCCUGUUAUGUGUAAAACGGUUCACAAAGCGAAAGUAAAAGCUUCAGUCGACGAAGACGAAAUGGCCGAAUGCAGUUCUGGGGCUAAAGUGGCGGAGAGACCUUCUCUCCUGGAGGAAGACCUGACCUGUCCGGUGUGCAGGGAUCUUUACCGAGAGCCCGUGCUGCUGACCUGCAGCCACAGCUUCUGCAAGGGCUGCCUGGAGCACAGCUGGCAGCAGAAAGGCAUACGCGAGUGCCCGGUGUGCAGGAAGAGGUGCGACGGCGAGCAGCCCAUCCCCAACCGGGCCCUGCGGAACACCUGCGAGUCCUUCCAGAGGGAGAAAGGCUGGAGGGUCCCGGCCACGUACGAGACUCUGUGCGGGCUGCACCGCAGGGAGAUGGUGCUGUACUGCGUGAAGGACGAGGAGCCCGUCUGCAUCGACUGCGUAACCCUGCACCGAGGUCAUGAGCUGGGCCCGCUGGAACGGGAGGUACCGUGCUGCAAGGAUGAGCUGAACGUCAAAUUAAACAUCUUGGAUGAUAAAGUGGACUCGUUUAAAAGAAUGAAACAGAAAUACAAUGCCACAAUAGAGUACAUCCGGAGCCAAGCCCAGCUGACGGAGAAACAGAUAAAGAUGGAGUUUGAGAAGCUGCACCAGUUCCUGAAUGAGGAGGAGUCCAGCAGGAUUGCCGCCCUGAGAGAGGAGGAGGAGCAUAAGAGGCAGAUGAUGCUCGAGAGAAUUAGCAGCUUGAGUAGAGACAUUUCUGCAUUGUCUGAGCUCAUCCAGUCUAUAAGAAGGGAUAUGGGUUCGGAAGACGUAACCUUCCUGCAGAACUUCCAAUCCUUAAAAAGAAGGGCCCAGUGGACUGCAGAUGACCCUCAGAGUGUCCCAGGAGCACUCAUUAAUGUGGCCAAGCAUCUGGGCGCUCUGAGCUACAAAGUAUGGGAGAAGAUGCAGUCACAUAUUACAUGCUUGCCGGUGGUAAUGGACCCCAACACCUGCUCUCCCUGGCUCUGCAUGACUCCCGACAUGGCCGGCGUGUAUGCCAGCGCGGAGAGGCAGCUGAUCCCGGACAACCCCGAGCGCUUCGACCCCUGCGUGUUUGUGGUGGGCUCUGAGGGCUUUACCUCUGGGCGCCAUCGCUGGGACGUCCAGGUGGGAGACAACCCCAAGUGGAUCCUGGGCGUGUGCAAGGAGUCUGUCGCCCGGAAACGGAAGUUCACGGUGACGGCCACGGGGGGCGUGUGGACCAUCGGGCUGAGCAAAGGGGUGUACAACGCCUUGACCUCCCCCCGCACGCCACUUCCGCUGGAGAGGAGGCUGGACAAGAUCAGGGUGAAGCUGAACAUGGAGAAGGGCGAGGUGUCCUUCUGGGACCCCGCUGAAAAAAAGCACAUCUGCACCUUCACUGACAAGUUCACUGAGAGGGUGUUCCCACUCUUCGGCCCUGGCCUUCACAACACACCCAUGGUAGUCCUCCCAGCCAAGUUGUCUGUGAACCCAGUCUGAGGAGUUGUUGUCUGACACUACACUGGAAAAGCCACCUUGGAUAUGAAGUAUGAAUUAAGUUCCUCGGGGAUGGGUUUAACUGCAGUGCCUUACUGUCUGUGAGAAAUCAGAGACUUUUGAUCUGGGGAAUGGGGCCAUAGAUUUAAGUGUUGAUUUAGAUUUAGGUUUCAUCGCUGACGCAUAUGUUCACUUACAAAUCUCUCUUUUUGUAAAUUUGAUUUUCAUGUACAAAAAGUUAUCAGUCAUCUUAUUCGUUAUUUUUUAUCUUUAUUUUUGCAUACUGUUUCACAGACAUGUAAGGGUGGGCUUCAACGCUGGUGCCUUUUGUUUUGGCCUAAAAUUGUGACUUACAUAACCAGAAGAGGGAGCUACAGACUUGCCAUAAAAUGCAAGCUAGUGUGUUUUUUGUAUUGUGUUAGAAGUAGCAUCUCAGACUGUGCCCAGCUGUGUGACCACCUUUUAAAAUAAAAGUAACCGAUAAAAAUAAAGGCGUAAUGGUUACCCAAUAUACAUUUUGACUUAAGCAUGCAUGUAUGUAUUACUCACAAACAACAACGACAACAAAACUUUCGUGGGACUGAAACUGCACACAGAAAUUGCUGGAACGAAAUGAUGUCAUGUUUUCAGAUUACCGUCAGUGAAUUAACAUUGAACAAAAUAAUUUAACAAAAAUAGUGACUGACAAAAGCACAUUACAACAGAUUUUUUUAAAUACAAUAUUUUAGUUAGCCUGGUUUGUUUGCAGUUCACCUCACCAUAAUUCAACUAACAUCGGGACCCUAAGCAUACUAUAGACACACUGUAGUAUAUCACAUUACGCAGUAUUAAAACGUUGCUGAUACACAAUCAAUGUCCAUAUCAAUAAUUAAUAAUAUUGCACAUAAUUAGAA